AUGGCGCUCGUCGACGCCAAGGCCGCCGUUGUGUCCACCUCCACCGUCGCCGCUGCGCCCGGGACGGCGGACCACUUGUUCCUGGUCGUCCUCGACGGCGUCGAGACGCCCAUCCACGAGGGGACGACGCUGUACGGCAGCGCUGGGGGCACGGUCACCGUCACCGGCCCGGGCCAGCUCUCCGCCGACGGCCUCCGGAGCGUCCUCGUCCGCGGUGGCGGCGGAUCCGGGACCGCCGUGAGGUUCACGCUCUGCGCCGACGCGGCCGCCGAGGGCGUGGGCGCGGCGAGCUUCGACCGGUGCGGGGCGGCGCGCGUGGAGGGCGCGCGGGAGGUGUCCAUGUCCAGGUGCCGCGCGGCCGAGGUGGAGCGCGCGGGGAGGGUCACCCUGGACCGCUGCCGCGACGCGCGCCUGCGGGGCGGGGGCGCGCUCCACGCCGCGCGGUGCCGCCGCGCCGACGUCGAGAGCUUCGGCGGGGUGCGCCUGGCGCGGUGCAGGGCCGCAAGCGCCGACUGGUGCGGCACCGUCGAGGUCGAGCUGUGCAGGGCCGUCGACGUCACCCGAUGCGGCGCCGUCACCGGGGAGCGCUGCCGCGUCGUCAACGCCGCCGGGCAACGCCGCAUCCCCCACGCCGUGUUCGACGCCGCCCUCCACACCGAGGGCGCCUCCAGCCUCGUCCUCCACAAGGCGCGAAAGGUCUUUGCCGACCCCGACGCAGCCGCCUGCUUCCCCCACCAGAUCUCUGUUACAGACAAUGAGGAAAACGACGAGGCUAGGGCCGCGGCCGCGGUGGCCGAUCUCAAGCGCCUCCUCGACCUUGAGUGGGCCAACCUCCCGCCCUCCGCGCUCGAGCGCGCCGCCGACAGGAUCGCCGGGGACGGGGCCCACCAGACGUGGGCCGCCGCCGACCACACCAAGCGUGCAAAGCGUCGCCUGCUCGUAGGGGAAUCAACGGAGCGUGAGAUCUUAUCUAAGCUUGUGCAGGAUGGAUCCACUUCUCGUCAACCAAUUCUGACGGAAGUUGCUGAUAACGCGAGCAAUGCCAAUGAAGCUGAUGGUGCUCGACGAGAUGAUGAGGCCCAUUCUUCUAAUGAGAACAGUGAGGCUGAUCGUGGUCAAGAAGGAGCAGAGGGUCAAGUUUCAGAGAAGUCUGUCCCUGCUUCUAAAAAGUGCAGUCUUAUGGAGAGAAAUCCCAAUGCAAGUAUUUAUGAGUGGGAUAGCUCUGAUGAUGAUCAGCCAGUACGGAAGUGUAAAUUACAUCCUAAUGAGAGAAAAUCACAUCCUUCUCCUACAUGUCCACAUAAGAUCAGGAAGAAGUGGAGUGAGAUAGAGGAAAAAACCUUGCUGGAAGGGGUGGAGAAGUAUGGCAAAGGCAAUUGGAAAGAUAUCAAAUUAGCUUACCCUGAUGUCUUUGAGGAGAGAUCAACGGUAGAUCUGAAGGACAAGUUCAGAAAUUUGGAAAGGCACCACCAUGAAUCAGCUUGA